GUGCGCGAACGCAGCCGGAAAUAUAUUGAGACAACAAAACAGGGAGAGCACGACCGAGGCGUGUAAUCGGGAUAUUUUGAAAUCAAAUGUCCAGCUACACUUCAUCGCCGAGACCAGAUAACGACGACGACCUCGACAACGACGAUAUCUACAGCACAGACGAGGACGGCAACGAUUCUGAUGAAGACACUGAAGAUGCAAGUGAAACCGAGGACAAGCAACAGAACAAUCUGCCUCGCACAGAGAUAAGGGAGCAGAUGUACCAGGAUAAAUUGGCUCACUUGAAAAAGCAGCUGCAGCAUCUAAAGGAGGGCACACUCCCUGAAUAUAUCAAGCGGAACAGGAGGAUCGAACAGCAGUAUCGUGAGAGACUGCGUCUGAACGAGAUCUGGAGAGAUAUUGAGCUGGAGAUAGUUGAGCGAGAACACAAGAAAGAGAAGAAAGCAUCAGCCAAAGAGUUUGAGGAGAAGAAGAUUGAGCUGAAGGAAAGUCUAAUCAUGGAUUUGGAGGAGAAGAAAAGAAACGUGGAGUGUGAGAGAGGGACGAUGGACAUGAACACCAGCAGUGGAAUGACAGACUUCAUGGAAGUGAAGCCAAUCAUGACAAGGAAACUGCGACGACGGCCAAAUGACCCGGUACCGCUGCCAGAGAAGCGGAGGAAACCGUCUCCUGCUCAGCUUAAUUUCUUCUUGGAUGAACAAGAGAUCCAGGAUGACCUCCGUAUCAUCAACAAAGUCAGCGGUAAACCAAUCAACAAGAAGCCAGCGCCUGUCCCCACGCCUAUAGAAGGAGUGUCAGAUGUGAAGAUAGAUGAUGGCAAGCUCUACUAUGACAAGAGAUGGUUCCACAGAAACCAGCCAGUGUUUGUGGAGUCUAAGGAAGGAGGCAAGGUGUGUGGGGUCAUCACAGGCGUCGGCUCGCAGGAGAUCUGGGUGAGGAAGACGUCCGACAACACCAAGCUCCGCAUCUACGUCUCCCAGCUUCAGAAAGGCAAAUACAUCCUCCGUCGUCGUUCCACAUGACUUGUGUGAGACGUCAUCACACACUGUCAUACACAUGACAUCAUGCUCAUCCCCAUUUUACAUCAUGUUGUCAUGGCAACACUCCGAAUAAGCCGCUAAAAUAUUUAUGCUCUACAGUCUUCAUGACUGUAAUUAUUCUGCCUCUACAAACCAUUAUUUAUUUUAAAUUUUAAAUUUUUGUAUUCGAUACUAUUCUGAAUGAUAUGAUUAAUAAUUACUCUUUUGAUUGUCCAAAGUGUGUGCUAAGUGUAUAGUGAGCUUGAUUUCUUGUAUAUUACCAUAAAUGGGCAUAAAUGCAUGUAAUUAAAAUCAGUGUCUUCAUCCCUGAAUCUUUCAAUAUACAUUAUUGAAAAUUCAUAUAAACAUGUUCCAGAGAACAAAAUUGUCAAUCCUACUAAAAACAAUUGUGUGAUCAUUAAUCAAGUUAAUAUUGUUUGUAUUUUGUGAAUAAUUAUAAUGUAAAUUCCAAGUACAAUCCUGUGUUGUAUAGCUCUUCUUUUGCUCUGUUGAAUUCAGGUUGUUAUACUCUCCCCCAAACUGGUUAGUCCUCCAACAGAGGCAGCUCCACCACCCAGCCCAACAGUUUUCCUGGUUUCUGUGACCUAGUUACAUUUGUUAGCCAAUCAGAAUGCAGCACACACUCCCAUUCAUUUUACAAUGUUGCCUAUUAGCAGUGUUUAAAACUCCAAAAAUUCCAAGCCAGACCAGUCCGGAUACAAACUUA